AUGGAUUUAACUCCUUCAAUCAACACGGCUUCAUUCAAUUACAUUGAUCCUCUCAACGCUUCCUCUACCAUGAACCUCUCAACUCUGCGUGUGAUUUACUCAGCGAUGCUCUCAACAUCGUUCAAUUCGGAUGCCUCAGACAUCCUGCCAACAAUGAUUUACUUUUCCUCCAACCAUCACUGUGGCUAUUAUUCUCCAUACAGUCUCGAUCUCGCGUCGUUCGAUUUUCUCUUCACCACUUCCGAAUGGAUUUACUCCGACGCGCGUUUAUGCUCCUCCUAUUGCGUCUUCUUCAUUCCUUGUUUGCAUCGGUCGUGA